AUGGCUGAUCGUCGGUUUACAAUCCAAGCUGAUCCUCGUGGCUUUAAUGCAGCGAAAACAACAGCACCAUCGAACGCUGCACGUGAUGAUAUUCAAUCGCAAUUUCCUAACGCUGGUCCAUCGUCGGGUAACGCUGGAGGAGCUGGUGAACGUCGUCCAUCUCAAGCAUUUUUUCGACGUUUAUCAAUGUCUUUGGGCAGUAAUCGAAAAUCUUCAAUGUUUCCUACAUCGAAUCAACCUCGACCAAAUACAUAUCGAAUGGAACCUGAUAAUGAAUAUCGUUUUCGUCCGUAUAAACUUCAAGCUAAAGUACUUGAAGAAUUAGCCGAACAAAUGAAAGAUCAAGCCUAUGAUCCAACAACCGUGAAUGAACUUGUUAAAGAAAUUUCACGUAGUGUUAAUCAAUUAGUCAAAAACUUUCAAUUACCACGAUAUAAAAUUGUUGUUCAAGCAAUGAUUGUACAAAAAUAUGACCAAAUUUUACGUGCUGGGUCACGUUGUUUAUGGGAUCCAAAAACAGAUAAUAUGCUAUCGGUUCAUUAUGAAACAAAAGAUAUGGUAGCUGUUGUUACUGUUUAUGCUGUUUAUUUUGAGUAG